GCCUCCGGAACCCGGAAGUGAGGGCGCACAGGGGAGCGGAGGGCGAGGCUGGUCGCUCCGGGCGGGGGGGCCGCGAGCAGCGGGCGGGCCGGCCGGAGACCGGCGGCGCGCAGCGGUCCAAGUCCAGUUGCAGGAGGUGCGCGCCCGCCAAUGAGGCAUGCUGAGGCCAGGAGGUGGGCAGGAUGAGUGCGCACGAGGCUGGCAGCUCAGGCCGAAGGCGGCAGGCCACCUUCCACCUGCACAUCUACCCUCAGCUGCCCAGUGCUGGGAGCCAGACCUCAUGCCGUGUGACCGCCACCAAGGACAGCACAACAAGCGAUGUCAUCCGAGACGUGGUGGCCAGUCUACACCUGACGGCUCGGCACUAGCUGGUGGAGGUGGAAGGAGUCGGGUGGGAGGAGUAGGUGCUGGAUGCCAGCGACUCGCCUGUGCACCGUGUGCUGCUGUGGCCUCGGCGUCGCAAAAAGGAGCACCCUCGGGAGGAUGGCUACUACUUCCUGCUGCAGGAGCGAACGCUGACGGCAGCAUUCAGGUACCUGCAUGUGCAGCUGCUGGCUCAGCCCACAGCCGCAUGUCGCCUGGUGGAGCAGGGAGGGCUGCUGCCAAGGCCUCAAAGCGGACUUUGACGCCUGUGCAGCCUGCCGGAGCUGACAGAGGCCAACCUGUUGCAGAGCCUGAAGCUGCGCCAGGCAGCAGAAGAUCUACACGACGCUGGCAGCAUCCUGGUGGCCAUCAACCCCUUCAAGUUCCUGCCCAUUUACAACCCCAAGUAUGUGAAGAUGUACGAGAACCAGCAGCUGGGAAAGCUGGAGCCGCACGUGUUCGCUCUGGCCGAUGUAGCCUACUACACCAUGCUGCGCAAGCACGUGAACCAGUGCAUCGUCAUCUCUGGUGAGAGCGGGUCCGGCAAGACGCAAAGCACCAACUUCCUCAUCCACUGCCUCACAGCGCUCAGCCAGAAGGGCUACGCCAGCGGCGUCGAGAGGACCAUCCUGGGUGCAGGGCCUGUGCUGGAGGCUUUUGGGAAUGCCAAGACAGCCCACAACAACAACUCCAGCCGCUUCGGGAAGUUCAUCCAAGUCAACUACCUGGAGAGUGGCAUCGUGAGGGGAGCUGUUGUGGAAAAAUACCUUCUUGAAAAGUCUCGCCUGGUUUCCCAGGAGAAGGAUGAGCGGAACUACCAUGUGUUUUAUUAUCUGCUGCUGGGCGUCAGUGAGGAAGAGCGCCAGGAAUUUCAGCUGAAGCAGCCUCAAGACUAUUUCUACCUCAACCAGCAUAACUUGAAUAUUGAAGAUGGAGAAGACCUCAAACAUGACUUUGAAAGGCUUCAGCAGGCCAUGGAGAUGGUGGGCUUCCUACCUGCCACCAAGAAGCAGAUCUUCUCUGUCCUCUCAGCCAUCCUGUAUCUUGGCAAUGUCACCUAUAAGAAGAGAGCCACAGGCCGGGAUGAAGGCCUGGAGGUCGGGCCUCCGGAGGUAUUGGACACGCUAUCCCAGCUCCUGAAGGUAAAGCGGGAGACCCUGGUGGAGGUCCUAACCAAGAGAAAAACGAUCACGGUCAAUGACAAACUCAUCCUGCCUUACAGCCUCAGUGAGGCUAUCACUGCACGAGACUCCAUGGCUAAGUCUCUGUACAGCGCCCUGUUUGACUGGAUUGUGCUGAGGAUCAACCACGCCCUCCUCAACAAGAAGGACAUGGAAGAGGCUGUUUCCUGCUUGUCCAUUGGCGUCCUGGACAUAUUCGGAUUUGAGGACUUUGAACGGAACAGCUUCGAGCAGUUUUGCAUCAACUACGCCAACGAGCAGUUGCAGUACUACUUCACCCAGCACAUCUUCAAGCUGGAGCAGGAGGAGUACCAGGGUGAGGGUAUCUCGUGGCACAACAUUGACUACACCGACAACGUGGGCUGUAUCCACCUCAUCAGCAAGAAGCCCACUGGCCUCUUCUACCUGCUGGACGAGGAGAGCAACUUUCCCCAUGCCACAAGCCACACUCUGCUGGCCAAGUUUAAGCAGCAGCAUGAGGACAACAAGUACUUCCUGGGCACACCAGUCCUGGAGCCCGCCUUCAUCAUCCAGCACUUCGCAGGCAGAGUGAAGUACCAGAUCAAGGACUUCCGGGAGAAGAACAUGGACUACAUGCGGCCUGACAUCGUGGCACUACUAAGGGGCAGUGACAGCUCCUAUGUGCGCCAACUCAUUGGCAUGGACCCGGUAGCUGUGUUCCGCUGGGCUGUACUACGGGCAGCCAUCAGGGCCAUGGCUGUGCUGCGGGAGGCUGGGCGCCUGCGUGCAGAGAGAGCAGAGAAAGCAGAAGGUGUAAGUAGCCCUGUCACUCGAAGUCACGUGGAAGAGCUGCCAAGAGGAGCCAACACCCCUUCAGAGAAACUGUACCGCGAUUUGCAUAACCAAAUCAUCAAGAGCCUCAAAGGACUGCCAUGGCAGGGCGAGGACCCGCGGAGGCUUCUCCAGUCCCUCAGUCGGCUCCAGAAGCCCCGCACCUUCUUCCUGAAGAGUAAAGGUAUCAAACAAAAGCAGAUCAUUCCCAAGAACCUGCUGGACUCUAAGUCCCUGAGGCUCAUCAUCAGCAUGACGCUGCAUGACCGAACUACCAAGUCGCUGCUGCACCUGCACAAGAAGAAGAAGCCACCCAGCAUCAGUGCGCAGUUCCAGACAUCUCUUAACAAGCUGUUGGAGGCGCUGGGCAAGGCUGAGCCCUUCUUCAUCCGCUGCAUUCGCUCCAAUGCCGAGAAGAAGGAGCUCUGCUUUGAUGAUGAGCUGGUGCUUCAGCAACUGCGCUACACAGGCAUGCUGGAGACCGUGCGCAUCCGGCGCUCUGGCUACAGCGCCAAGUACACCUUCCAGGACUUCACGGAGCAGUUCCAGGUGCUGCUGCCCAAGGAUGUCCAGCCCUGUAGGGAGGCCAUUGCUGCCCUGUUGGAGAAGCUGCAGGUGGACAGGCAGAACUACCAGAUCGGGAAGACGAAGGUCUUCCUGAAGGAGACAGAGCGGCAGGCCCUGCAGGAAAGGCUGCAUGGUGAGGUCUUACGCAGGAUCCUGCUGCUGCAGAGUUGGUUCCGGAUGGUGCUGGAACGCAGGCACUUUGUGCAGAUGAAGCAUGCUGCCCUGACCAUCCAGGCCUGCUGGCGGUCUUACCGCGUGCGCCGUGCACUGGAGAGGACGCGGGCAGCUGUGUACCUUCAGGCUGCCUGGAGAGGCUACCUGCAGAGACAGGCCUACCACCACCAGAGGCAUAGCAUCAUCCGCCUGCAGAGCCUCUGCCGUGGCCACCUACAGCGCAGGAGCUUCAGCCAGAUGGUGUUAGAGAAGCAGAAGGCAGAGCAAGCCAGGGAGGCUGCAGGAGCAGAGAUGUCAGAGGGAGAGCCCAGCCCUGUGGCCACUGGGGAGCAGCUGUCUGAGCACCCUGUGGAGGACCCUGAGAGCCUGGGUGUGGAGGCUGAAACCUGGAUGAACAGCAAGUCCCCAAAUGGCUUGUCACCUAAGAAGGAGAUCCCCAGCCCGGAGAUGGAGACCCCAGCCCAAAAAACAGUGCCAGCUGAAAGUCAUGAGAAAGUCCCCAGUAGCCGGGAGAAGCGAGAGUCACGGCGGCAGCGAGGGUUGGAGCAUGUUGAACGACAGAACAAACACAUCCAAUCCUGCAGGGAGGAGAAUAGCACCCUCCAAGAACCUUCCAGAAAGGCAAGCCUGGAAACAGGGGAGAGCUUCCCUGAGGACACAAAGGAGCCCAGAGAAGAUGGACUUGAGACAUGGACUGAGACCGCAGCCCCCUCUUGUCCAAAGCAGGUGCCGAUUGCGGGAGAUCCACCUAGGAGUCCCAGUCCCUUGCAGAGGCCCGCCAGCCUGGACCUAGACAGCAGGGUUAGCCCAGUGCUCCCCAGCAGCUCCCUGGAAUCCCCCCAGGAUAAGGACAAGGAUGAGAACAGCACCAAGGUUCAGGACAAGCUCGAGAGUCCCAGUGGCUCCACCCAGAUCCAACGGUACCAACACCCGGACACAGAGCGGCUAGCCACUGCUGUGGAGAUAUGGCGAGGCAAGAAGCUCGCCAAUGCCAUGCUGAGCCAAUCCCUGGACCUGAGUGAGAAGCCCCGGACUGCAGGGGCAGCCCUGACUCCCACAGAGGAGAGGCGCAUCUCCUUCUCCACCAGUGAUGUCUCCAAGCUGUCCCCGGUCAAGACUUCAACUGAAGUCGAUGGGGAUCUGAGCACCAAGAAGCCAGCCGGCCAUAAGAAGAAGUCAGAGGAUCCAUCUGCUGGUCCCGAUGCAGGCUCCCAGGGUGACUCUAAAUCUGCAUUUAAGCGGCUCUUCCUGCACAAAGCCAAGGAUAAGAAGCCCAGCCUGGAGGGUGUGGAGGAGACAGAGGGCAGUGGAGGGCAGGCUGCACAGGAAGCCCCGGCCAGGAAGACUCUAGAUGUACCUUCUAGUCAGCAGCACCGCCACACCACAGGCGAGAAGCCUCUAAAAGGGAAGAAGAACCGAAAUCGUAAGGUCGGACAGAUCACAGUGUCCGAGAAGUGGCGAGAGUCGGUGUUCCGUAAGAUCACUAAUGCCAACGAGCUCAAGUUUCUGGACGAGUUCCUGCUCAACAAGGUGAAUGACCUUCGCUCACAGAAGACACCCAUCGAGAGCUUGUUCAUUGAGGCCACUGAGCGUUUCAGGAGCAAUAUCAAGACCAUGUAUUCUGUGCCUAACGGGAAGAUCCAUGUAGGCUACAAGGACCUGAUGGAGAACUACCAGAUCGUUGUCAGUAACCUGGCUGCCGAGCGUGGGGAGAAGGACACCAACCUGGUCCUCAAUGUCUUCCAGUCACUGCUGGAUGAGUUCACUCGCAGCUACAACAAGACUGACUUUGAGCCGGUCAAGGGCAAAGCCCAGAAGAAGAAGAGGAAGCAGGAGCGUGCUGUCCAGGAACACAAUGGACAUGUGUUUGCCAGCUACCAAGUGAACAUCCCGCAGUCGUGUGAGCAGUGUCUGUCCUACAUCUGGCUCAUGGACAAGGCCCUGCUAUGCAGUGUGUGCAAGAUGACCUGCCACAAGAAAUGCGUGCACAAGAUUCAGAGCUAUUGCUCCUACACUGGACGGAGGAAGAGUGAGCUGGGUGCCGAACCAGGCCACUUCGGCGUGUGUGUAGACAGCCUGACCAGUGACAAGGCCUCCGUGCCCAUUGUGCUGGAGAAGCUUCUGGAACAUGUAGAGAUGCAUGGCCUGUAUACCGAGGGUCUUUACCGCAAGUCAGGCGCUGCCAACCGGACACGGGAAUUACGCCAGGCUCUGCAGACAGACCCUGCUGCAGUUAAGCUGGAGGACUUCCCCAUCCACGCUAUCACCGGGGUCCUGAAGCAGUGGCUGCGGGAGCUGCCUGAGCCACUCAUGACGUUUGCCCAGUAUGGAGACUUCCUCAGGGCUGUUGAGCUUCCAGAGAAGCAGGAGCAGCUGGCUGCCAUCUAUGCAGUCCUGGACCACCUGCCUGAAGCCAACCACACCUCCCUGGAGAGGCUCAUCUUCCACCUUGUCAAAGUGGCCCUGCUUGAAGAUGUGAACCGCAUGUCUCCGGGAGCUCUAGCUAUCAUCUUCGCGCCCUGCCUGCUUCGCUGCCCUGACAACUCCGACCCCCUGACCAGCAUGAAGGACGUACUAAAGAUUACCACGUGUGUGGAGAUGCUCAUCAAGGAACAGAUGAGGAAAUACAAGAUGAAGAUGGAGGAGAUCAACCACCUGGAGGCAGCUGAGAGCAUUGCGUUCCGCAGGCUCUCCCUGUUGAGGCAGAAUGCUCCGUGGCCUCUCAAACUGGGGUUUUCGUCUCCCUAUGAGGGGGUCCGGACCAAAAGUCCCAGGACCCCAGUGGUCCAAGACUUGGAGGAGCUGGGGGCUCUCCCUGAGGAGGCGGCAGGUGGUGACGAGGACCGGGAAAAGGAGAUUCUCAUGGAGAGGAUCCAGUCCAUCAAGGAAGAGAAGGAGGACAUCACAUAUCGACUGCCGGAGCUGGACCCACGGGGUUCUGACGAGGAGAACCUUGACUCAGAGACGUCAGCCAGCACUGAGAGCCUGCUGGAGGAGAGGGCCAUGCGGGGGGCCGCAGAAGGGCCCCCCGCACCUGCUCUCCCCUGCCCCAUUUCGCCCACCCCGAACCCCCUCCCCGCGGCCACCGCCCCUCCACGAGGAAGGCCGACAUCCUUCGUCACGGUCAGAGUGAAGACACCCCGGAGGACCCCCAUCAUGCCCAUGGCCAACAUCAAGCUCCCUCCGGGCCUGCCCUUGCACCUGACGAGCUGGGCACCUGCUCUCCAGGAGGCCGCUGUUCCAGUGAAGCGCCGAGAGCCACCUGCCCGCCGACAGGACCAGGUACAUUCCGUAUACAUCGCCCCUGGAGCUGACCUGCCAUCGCAGGGUACACUAGGACCCCUGGACCACCAUGAUGCCAUACUUCCUGGGGCCAAACGCAGGUAUUCGGACCCCCCUACCUACUGCCUGCCCCCCAGCUCCAGCCAAGCCAAUGGCUGAGGACCAUGACUGGCAGUCUGCGUGUUCUAAAAUCCCCGAACUGGCAUCCCAGCUGUGGAGCCGGCCUUCACUCUCUGAGAAGGAUCUAGAAUGAAAAGUUCCCAGAGGGAUGCCGUAGCCAGCUCUGUGUGUUGUGGAGGCUGGGGACUGCUGGCCAGGACCAUCAGAGCCCCAACCUGCACAGCAGUCCUCCCCCCCCCCCUUUGUACUUUUCAGUAACUGUUUCUCUUUUUGUGGUUUACAUAACUUUUAAGUUCAUAACAGCCUUAAUGGAGGACCAAACUUUUUGUACGUGUGUCUGAGCUUUGAUAUUAACUGUCCACCUCUGUAACCUGGACAUGGGCAGGACUAGCCUGCAAAGUGGACAUGUGGGCCACACCUGGUGACUGCACUCCACAGCCGUGGAGAGCGAGCGAGCAAGCAAACGAGCGGACUCACAAGACACCUCUUACCCUUGAAUACCUCCCAGCAGCGGUCAUCUGGCCAGAGAACCUUCCAGAGAUUGUGGGAGCUGUCCACAGGGUCACAGCUGAAGGCAGGACAGAAUGGGAAGUUCCUGCAUCGCAGGGAUGCUCUACCCACUGCCUGUGGGCUGCAAGGAGCCAGGGAUCGGAGCUUUAGGGACAAGCAGUGCAUGUCCUGAAUUUCCUCUGCAGCCCCCGUGUCAGCCUGGGUUCUUAAGAGGCUGGCUCUCUUCUCAGGCCCUACCCAGUCCUGGACACAAGGAAGCCCCACAGGAGGUGUGAAAUAAAAGUGCUUGACAAGUGUU